AUGCGUAUUACCCUUCCACUCGUUGGCGUUGCCUUGAGUUUUUCAUUGGUCAUUGCUGCACCGGCUCGUAUCGAAGAUAGCGAAGACGCUUUGGCGAUACCAAAGUUUGAAACUUUUAGCUCGGAUGUGCGUGAAGCCAUGGAAGAAGCUGCCAAGCAACAACAAGAUCCAGAUGAUAGCACAUCGACGAUCGAACAUAGCAGCCAUGUGUAUCAUAACCGUAUUGAGCCUCUUAAUACCCUACCAUCUUUGCCUAUUAUCCUCGAAAAGAGAGACAAGAAAAACCAGCAGGCUGAUACGCUCGUUGGUGGUCUUAUGCAGAAAGGAUUGGUUGGUUUCAAUCCACAGCCGGAUCCCACUGAAAAAUCAUCAUCCAAGAAAAAGAAGAAAGGCAAAAAGCCAUCAGGUCUUACUGGAAUGCUUGGCGGCAAGAUCUUUGGCAGUGGUUCAUCUUCGCUUCUCAAGAAACAAGCGCUUCGUUUCAAGCAGCCAUCCACUGGCAAGAAGAAGAAAGGCGGCUCCCAUGAUCCACCCAUCAUGAUCAACCCAGCAUCCAACAGUGGUAUUAUCAGCGUUGAGGGCCAAAAUCUUGGUCCUGUAAAAUAUGGUACCACGAAAAAGGCACCAGAGCCAUAG